AUGUCAUACAUCCAGAAACAGCGGGACGCAGCGGGCCCAGUCACAACCCCCUGUCGGUAUCAGCAUUGGUGGAGAGAGCGGCAGCGGAGCCAUGGACAACGUGGCAGAUCACCUGUCAGACCGGCCGCCAUCCCUUCCGACCGGCCAACGGCCGUGUUUGAUCCUGAUCGCCUACCGCCCACGGGCCAUCAUCGGGCUAUCCGCCGUCUGCGAUACGGCGUGUUCGCAGUGUACCAGCGGCUGUUCACGCUGGUCGUCGUGCUCAACCUGGCCGCCGUGCUGGUGCUGCUGCGCUUCUCGUCGUGGCGUAGUUUGAGAGCUUUCCGCCUCGACAACCUCGCUACCCUGGCGAGCAGCAACUUGCUCCUCGCCAUCCUCUUCCGGCAGGAUUGGCUCAUCAAUCUGCUCUUCCGCACGGCGUGGCUCGUGCCGUGGUCCCUGCCGCUCAGGGCACGCAGGGUGGUGAGCCGGGUGUACUGCUACGGCGGGAUCCACAGCGGCGCCGCGGUCGUGGGGACGGGGUGGUGGAUCGGGUUCACGGGGGUGCUGAGCUGGGAAUGCGUGGCGCGCGGGGGCAGCACCGUCACGGCAGGCGUGCUCGUGCUGACGCUGAUCAUCGCGAGUCUGCUCGUCGCCAUUGUCGUGCUGAGCCUGCCCCGCGUGAGAGCGCGGCACCACGAUGUCUGGGAGCUGACGCAUCGGUUCCUGGGCUGGUCGUGCGUCGCGCUCUUCUGGGCGCAGCUGCUGCUCCUCACACGCUCGGCGCGCCCUGCGUCGACUACUGCGGUCCCGCACGCCCUCGUCGACACCCUCGUCCGCACACCCUCGUUCUGGACCCUCGGUGCCAUCACAGCGCUCCUCGUCUACCCCUGGCUGCUCCUCCGCCGGUGGACAUUCACCGCGACCCCGCUGAGCGCACACGCGCUACUCCUCUCCUUCCCGCACGCCGUGCACAAGUACUCAUGUGUGGCGCUCAGCACGCAGCCCGCGCGGGAAUGGCACCCAUUCGCGACGUUCCCGCUGGUCGGAAGCAGCGAGUCGCAAAGCGGGAAUCGCAACGCGCUCGUCGUCAGCGCCGCGGGCGACUGGACGCGCAGCCUCAUCUCGUCCGCGCAGCAAAAGAGCGGCGAGCAAAAGGCAGGCGGCGCCGGCGUGGGCAAGGCAGUGUCCAUGCGCUUCUUCGUCAAGAGCCACCCGCGCGCCGGCGUCCUGAGCCUGUCAUGCAUGUACGCGCGCGUGCUGAUCGUGACGACGGGGUCGGGGAUCGGGCCUAGUCUCUCAUCACUACUCGACCGGCCCGCGGCGCAGAGAGCACGUCUGGUGUGGAGCACACGCGCCCCGGUUGCGACGUACGGGGCCGCAAUGCUGCGCUUGGUGCACCGGGCAGAUCCGCAGGCGCUCGUGCUGGACACGGAUGCGCAGGGCCGGCCGGAUCUGCUGCGCGUUGCGUGGGGCGUGUGCAGGGAGAUGGGGGCCGAGGCUGUUUUUGUGCUGAGCAACGAGCGCGUUACGCGGUGGGUCGUUGGGGGGCUGGAGAGCAGGGGGGUUCCUGCGUUUGGGCCGAUUUGGGACUCGUAG